AUGCCGCUAAUCACCGAUAUAUCUGAUCACCAUCUCCCUCGUCCCUCGCGCACCACCGACCCUCCCAUUACUAGCAAACUUCUGCGCAAGCAGUCCACCCACAGCGAAGUCGCCAGGUCCGUACUGAUGAAUAACACUAUCCCGCCCUACCGACUGGACGGCACCUCGCAUCCUCCCGACCACCUCUCGUCACCCCGCCAGCUGCCGGUCCGUCCGCCGUCGUCGCGGACGCAGAGCCCGCGCAUCCAUGCCAACCCCACCAGCCGUGCCCCUGGCAUUGCUCUCGACUCUCACGAUGGCGAGCUGAAGCUGCCGCCGAGCGCCGCCGUUCACCAACUCCACCACGCCCUCGCCAUUGGCGGCGUCGGCCAUGCUCUGUCCGACACGCCUAUGCCCACUGCCCCGAGCAGCCCCCGAAUUCCGCCCAUCCGCCAGAACUCCGUCUCUGGCAGUUCUACCCCGCGCAUUCGUCCCACCACCCUCGACAUCCCCGGCCUGACAAAGUCCAAAGUCUCUCCAGAUGGCCGCAUCGCUCAGCGCGACCUGGGCGCGAAGCUGCUCAUUGUCAUGGUCGGCUUGCCCGCCCGUGGCAAGAGCUACAUUACAAAGAAGAUGGCGCGCUACUUGAAUUGGCUGCAGCACGAGGCCCGUAUCUUCAACGUCGGAGAGCGCCGCCGUAUUGCUGCGGGAGGUGGAGGUACCCACAACCCGGCGCCGUCGCCCGGUAUUGAGAAGCGCCCGCAAGACUCUGUGCGCAGACAGAGUAUUACAACGACUGCGCCGCAGGGUGCGAUCGAGCAGAAGCAGCUUCUGGACCCGCCAAACUUGGCCGCGAAAAUUUUUGUCAACGGCGAAGCUGUGACUCAGCCGGAUAAGCCGGCCGAGAUUAAGGAGCCCUCUAAGGAAGAGAAGGAUAAGAGGUUUUUGGAAGCGGCUUUCCCUGAACUGACCAAGGCCUCGACACCCGAGGAGUUGCCUGAUACCGAAAAGAUGGAUCAGAGUGCGAAUUUCUUCGACCCCAGUAACCGGAAGGCUGCGCUUCUGCGCGAGCAGUGCGCUAUGGAAACCCUCGAUGAGGCCAUGGAUUAUCUCAUUGACGGGUCUGGCUCGGUUGCCAUUAUGGACGCUACCAACAGCACUCUGGAACGCCGCGCAGCCAUCAUCCGCCGCGUCCGUGACAGGUGUGGCGACGAGCUCAACGUCAUGUUCGUGGAGUCGCUCUGCAAGGACGAGCGCCUCCUCGAAUCCAACAUGCGCCUGAAGCUCUCCGGUCCCGACUACAAGAACAAGGACCCCAUCGCUUCUCUGGAGGAUUUCAAGAAGCGCGUGGCGAUUUACGAAAAGGCCUACGUCCCACUCGGAGAUUAUGAGGAGAGAAACAACACGGCUUACGUGCAGAUGAUCGACGUUGGCCGAAAGGUAAUUUCGCAUCAAAUUCGAGGCUUUAUUGCCGCGCAAGCCGUGUACUACCUCCUUAACUUCAACCUGGCCCCUCGCAUGAUCUGGAUCACGAGACAUGGAGAAUCCAUGGACAACGUCGCGGGCAAGAUCGGCGGUGACUCGGAUCUUAGCCCGAACGGCCAUCGUUACGGAAAGGCCGUUACCAGGUUCAUCAACUACCACCGCGAGAUUUGGGAGCAGCAUCAGCGUGAGAAGGUUCUCAACUCGCACUUCCCGCCUCUCCCCGGAGACAUGUCGCCGCCGAACCCUUACUUCUUGACGCACAAUGAUGUUCCGCAGAAGAGCUUCUGCGUCUGGACGUCGAUGUUGAAGCGCUCCAUUCAGACGGCCCAGUACUUUGACGAGGAGGAAUUCGAUCUCAAGCAAAUGCGCAUGCUAGACGAGCUCAACGCUGGCUUCAUGGAAGGCAUGACGUACCAGGAGAUCAAGGACAAGCACGCGGACGAGUUUGCUCUGCGCAAGAAGAACAAGCUGCAUUACCGCUACCCUGGUCCUGGUGGUGAGGGCUAUCUCGACAUCAUCAACCGAGUCCGCCCGGUCAUUGUCGAGCUUGAGCGCAUGACGGACCACUGUCUGCUGGUCACUCAUCGCAGCGUUGCGCGCGUCCUGCUUGCCUACUUCCUUGGUCUGGAUCGCAAGAUGGUCGCUGACAUAGACUGCCCGCUCGGCAUGUUGUACAUGCUUGAGCCCAAGCCGUAUGGUGUCGAGUUCAAGGCGUACCGGUUCAACCCGUCUACUGACUGGUUCGACGACGUGCCCAACUACAAGCCCAGCCCUGCACCUGAAGAUUCUCACUAG